AUGGCGGAGGCGACAGUUGCGGGUUUGAACAAAUACAAACUUGUUUUCCUCGGCGAACAAGCCGUGGGCAAGACAUCCAUCAUCACGCGGUUCAUGUACGACACUUUCGACAACAACUACCAGGCCACCAUCGGCAUCGACUUUCUGUCCAAAACCUUGUACUUGGAAGACAGAACUGUGCGUCUCCAGUUAUGGGACACUGCCGGCCAAGAACGUUUCAGGAGCUUGAUUCCGUCCUAUAUUCGGGACUCGUCUGCCGCCGUUGUCGUCUACGACAUCACAAAUCGAGCCUCUUUCCUUAAUACAACCAAGUGGAUUGAAGACGUCCGAGCAGAACGCGGAAAUGAUGUGAUCAUUUCUCUCGUCGGCAACAAGACUGACCUGGCAGAUAGAAGACAGGUGUCCUACGAGGAGGGACGCCAGAAGGCGCAGGAACACGACAUCAUGUUUGUUGAGACGAGUGCCAAGGCGGGAUACAACAUCAAAAACCUCUUUCGGAAGCUGUCUUCGCCAACAGUAAAUGUUAGGCACUUCGCCCCUAUGGUUCGUUCGACC